CAGCAACUCUCGCAUUGCACAGGAGCUGCUCAGUGGGGGAGACAGCUGUAAAAUGAAAACUGAAGCCUGGACUGGAAGUCAUGAAGCAUCUUCUGCUGUCUACUGGGAUUAUAAUCCCCUCCAAGAUACCUGUCCACCACAGGACCUACCCUACGCUUGUGUCUACAUUCCCAUGCUCUACUUCAUCGCUUUCUUCAUUGGCUUCAUUGGCAACCUCUUGGUGAUUGUGCUGAUGGCCAAGAAGAGAGGCAGAAAGAGGCUGGUGGACAUGUUUGUCCUGAAUCUGGCUGUUGCCGAUCUGGUCUUUGUCCUCACCUUGCCUUUCUGGGCAGUGUCAGCAGCUCAUGGUAACAAGUGGUACUUUGGUGAAGGCCUGUGUAAGUUCAGCAGCUUUAUCAUCUCUGUGAAUCGCAGCUCCAGCAUCCUGUUCCUAAUGGGCAUGAGCGUGGAGCGUUACCUGGUGGUCAUGAAGCGUGUGGACUCCAAGUCCACUGGGACCAAGAACUGUCUGAUCAUUGUCUGUGGCUGCAUCUGGGCUGUCUCUCUCCUGCUAGGCAUUCCCUCUCUGAUGUUUCGGAAGCUGGAUACCACUGGUGAAUUGUGCGAGGAUGAGGACUCUGUCGCCUUCCAGGUGCUCAGCCUGGCUUUGCUCAUCUUGACCUUUCUCCUGCCGUUGGGAGUGAUCUUAUUCUGUUAUUGCUCCAUCUCCUUCAAGCUGCUGAACCACAUCAGCCCAGGAAAGGGGACGAAGAACUCCCUCCAGAUCAUCUUCACAAUCAUCGGUGCUUUCAUCUGCUGCUGGCUGCCCUUCAAUGCCUUUAAAGCAUUCCUCUUCUUCUCCUUCAUGUUCCAGGGAGCAAAUCUGUCUUGCAGGACAUUAAUGGCUCUCAGGAGGGGCCUGACCAUCAGUGCUUGCUUGGCCUUCAUGAACAGCUGCGUAAAUCCCAUCAUCUAUGCCUUGAUGGAUCGCCAUUUCCGACGCCAGCUGCUGCCACAAUGGCUCCGGGUCUUCUGGAAAGUGCCACAGACAAGGCAAACCUCGGGCUUGUCCUUCUCAUCCACUACUGAGUCCAGCCUCAUGUUCGCCAGCCGGAACAAGCCAUCAUCGCCUGCGUUCAUUCGGCCAGAGAUGUAAGAGGUAACGGGUAGGUUUACAAGCCUCCACCCUGUGGGGUGAGGCAGGCUAGGUAGUCGCUGUUGCUGCUUCUUAUGUAGGUAAAACGCGCGGGUUAUUCAGCCAGGUUUCAGGUUAAUUUUGACAAGGGCUUUUCUUUCUUGACAGAUGUCCCUCUAAAAGCAUUGCUAAGCUACCCCCCAGGUCUAUAUAGAGCUGUAACGCCCGUCUGUCUCACUAGGGUGUCAGCAGAAAGUUAGUGGAUCCACUUCUCUUCUGCCGUAACUCCACUGAUGUCCAGGGAGCUGCAGCAGCAGAGUUUCACUCAAUAUUCUUAGAGGUUAUAACACAGGUUUUGAAAAGCAAGACACUGAAGAUUUACAAAGCUGACUAGGGGAUUUAGUCACACAGCUCCCAGUGAAAUGAAAACCUCACCUAACAGCUGCUCUCUCCUUCCCCAGCACCCUUGGGAGAAGAGGGAUUCUCCACUGGCCUUGCCUUCCUCUGCUAAGGAAAUCAAGCACAUGCAGUGCUUUCCCCAGGGGCAUUCACAUGCAUCCCAGAAAUACAGUGAGGGUGAAACUAGCCUGAAUGCAGCCUCACAGCCAGCAGAAGCAUCAGGGUUACUUAAGCCUGGUCUAUAGAUCCACCCAGCUACAUUGCUCAGGGAUGUGAAAAAUCCACCCCCCUGAGCAAUGUAGUGAAGCCGACAUA